UCGAUAAACACCCUAUACGCGUUCCGCUUCGACAUUUAAAACGUCGCCAAAAAGAAGCGCUGCGUGACGCGAAAUGUCUUUGUUAAUCUGUGCGUUUUCUCCGUCUCAGCGUCGCCGAAAGUCCAGUUCGGUUUUUACGUGAAGCUCCAAAAAUCUAUGAAAUGUGUUUGCAUGUUCUUCUGGAUGUAGAGGUGGGAUUGCGAGAAUCGAAAGGUUGGUGAGCCCACACGCUCAGCUUCCCAGAAAGUACGUUUAGCAAUAAUUCACUAUUCUCUUCCUCACGCGCUCGGCUCGGUCGAAGGCUACAUGAUUUCUGGAAGUGGAGAAUAAGCUUUUUCUCCCUUCUUUUUGCCAUCAAUCUCUACGACAGGCUUGGAGAAGGGGCGCUCGGACAGUGGAAGCCCUCCCCUCUGCUCGGAUCUGCCUUGUUUACAGGUUGCCGGCGGAAAGAUGUGGAUGAGGGCUGAAGUCUAGAGUCAAGGGCAUCGGGGUCUGCCUGCCACUGGCCGGCCGUUUUGCCCGUUAAGGGGAGGCUCCACCCUCACCUGGGCACUGAGCGGAUUGCGAGUGCUGCCUGGCUCCUCCCUCGCCAGCCCCCGUCCCCUCCCCAACCCCGCCCCCCCUCCCACGCUCACACCCCGGGGCUGGACCAUGUCUGGCAGACAGCCGGAGGGCAGCCGGACACCCAAGGCCCAGGACCAGGACACGGACCAGGACCAGGACAAGCGCAGUUGUGGGGAGGACAGCCCCGUUAUCGAACGCCGCAACCGGAGCGGCAUCAUCAGUGAGCCCCUCAGCAAGAGCCUGAAGAGGUCUCGCACCCUCUCGCAGUACACCACUGCAUGCCCCCAGACCGCCAACGGACUGAAACACAACGGCCAGGCCAAGAGCCACGCGGCCAAGCACCAGCCCACCCAGCAGCAGCCGCAGCAGCCUUCCGCCUCGGCCUUGGUGCCGAGCAAGCUGGACCGAACCUUGGAGCAGGUGCUGGAGGGACAGAACGGCCUGUUGCACUUUGCCCAGGCAGCUGCGCUGCUCAAGCGGGCGGGCAUGGAGCACAUGCUGCUGCCGGGGGGAAUGGGAGUGGGUGUGGGCGGGGGCGAGGUGGGGACGGUCGACCUGGAAGGGGCAUCGGUGGCCGACACGGUGGGGGGUCACACAGACUUCCCGUACGGUGUGGGCGGCGGCGGCUUCCCCUUCAACCCGGGGCUGUUCAUCAUGACACCUGCCGGAGUCUUCCUCGCCGACAGCGCACUGCACAUGGCCGGCUUGACGGAGUACCCAGUGCAAAGUGAGCUGGCCUCUGCCAUUAGCUCUGGGAAGAAGAAAAGGAAACGCUGUGGGAUGUGCCCACCUUGCCGGCGCAGGAUUAACUGCGAGCAGUGCAGCAGUUGCCGGAACCGGAAGACGGGCCACCAGAUCUGCAAGUUCCGCAAGUGCGAGGAGCUCAAGAAGAAACCGUCUGCUGCACUGGAGAGCUGUCAUCUGGAGCACCAGGUGUCAGUGACGAACAGCCCACCCCUCCUCUCUCUCAUCAGUGGAGGCUGAUGGUCCUACAAACUUCUUGCUGAGGUCAACCCGAGUUGUUCGGAUUGUACAAAUGCCCAAAUUUGAAUAGUGUUCGAAUUGUGCUGGAUAUAUUUCACAUAUUAUUUAUUUUAAAGUCAUCCUGAAAUCAGAA